CAGAGCCUCCACAUUCUGCGGCUUUUCUCGCUUCAGUCUCGAUCGCGGAGGAGAAAGAGAGCCCACACUUUUUUUUUUUUUCACAAACAGGAGGUGGAGUUCACAGCAGCAGCAGGCUGAACUCCGGAGGAUCGUCCGAACAUCUGCCGGGAUGUUGACACGCAGCUGAAGCCACACGUCCUCCUCCUGCCCGCGGUACAUGACAACAGCUCGCACCAGCAGUCAUGGAGUUCAACACAUGCGUGUCCUUGUUGUGGAUCUUCUGCCUGUGUCUCGCUGGACAAAGCUGGAGUGAGAAGACGAGCUCGCCCUCGUCGGACAGUCCAGGUGAAAGUGGGCUUCCAGAUUUUUGUCGCAUCGAUGACUCACUGUGCAAGGAUGAGAACGCCCUUCUCAGCUUUGAGGCGAUCCGUAGUAUCCACAAGCAGAUGGACGAUGACGCAAACGGCAAUAUAGACUUGUCGGAGACGGACGGCUUCCUGAGAGAAGAUCUCAACUAUCAUGACCCAAAGGCCAAGCAUAACACCUUCCAUGGAGAUGACCAGUUCAUCAGUGUGGAGGACUUGUGGAAUGCGUGGAAGGGCUCUGAAGUGUAUAACUGGACAGUGGACGAGGUGGUUGAGUGGCUCAUCACUUAUGUGGAGCUGCCACAAUACGUGGAAGCUUUUCGCAAGAUGAGUUUUAAUGGCAGCGCCAUGUCAAGGCUUGCCGUGAAGAACACCACGCUGACUCUCUCUAUUCUCAAGAUAUUGGAUCGCAGCCACGUGCAGAAGUUGCAGCUGAAAGCCCUGGACACUGUCCUGUUUGGAGCUCCCCUGAUGAAUAGACAUAACCACCUGAAGGACUUCAUGCUGGUAGUGUCAAUUGUCAUAGGCAUGGGUGGUUGCUGGUUUGCCUACAUCCAGAAACGCUACUCCAAGGACCACAUGAAGAAGAUGAUGACAGACCUGGAGGGGCUGCAGAGAGCUGAGCAGAGUCUGCAUGACCUGCAACAGAAGCUGCAGAUCGCCCAGGAAGAGCACCGCACGGUGGAGGUGGAGAAGGUGACCCUGGAGCAGAGAAUGAGGGAUGAGAUCAACGCAGCCAAGCAGGAGGCCCACCGGCUGCGAGAGCUGCGUGAGGGCACGGUGAACGAACUGAGUCGCCAGAAGUACGCAGAAGAAGAGCUGGACCAGGUGCGUAUGGCGUUGAAGAAAGCUGAGAAGGAGCUGGAGUCACGGAGCAGCUGGUCGCCGCCGGAUUCUCUCCAGAAGUGGCUGCAGCUCACCCAUGAGGUGGAAGUGAUGUACUACAACAUCAAGAAGCAGAACGCCGAAAAGCAGCUGCUGAUUGCCAAAGAAGGGGCAGAGAAGAUAAAGAAAAAGAGGAACACUCUCUUCGGGACUUUCCAUGUGGCUCACAGCUCCUCCCUGGAUGACGUGGACCACAAGAUACUGUCAGCAAAACAAGCCCUGGGUGAGGUGACGUCUGCGCUGCGGGAGCGGCUUCAUCGCUGGCAGCAGAUAGAGAUGCUCACCGGCUUCACCAUCGUCAACAACCCCGGCCUCCCUUCCCUGGCCUCCGCCCUCAACCUCGACUCCUCAUCGGGCAGCAGAGCCACACCUCAGCACUUCAUCAUGUCCGACGACAUGGACGACAUGGACGAGGACAUGGUGCCCGGAACCCUGCAAUACGGCACCCGGCUGUUGGAACGGCGAGCCAGUGACCUGUGGUCCGUUGGUUCAGACUCUCAGCCCGUGUGGAAACAGCCUGCUCCCAGUAUGAUGUCCCUGCGCCAACGCCACAUUGACCCCCAGCUGGCCAUGGGCUCCCAGAGGUUGGUAGAGAGUUGUCUGUUGCCGGGGCAGCAGGGCGAGGGAUCCCCAUACCCAUCCCGGUCUCGGGCCGCCCUCAGACAAAUGCGUAGCCAGUCGUUUGGGCAGCUCGACUGCCUCCCUCUGCCCCCCCUGUCCUCGGCCGUGUCUCAUCCCUCUAUCAUCUGUACGAGCAUCCCAACCCCCCAGUCCCUGUCCUCCUUCUCUUCCUCCUGUUUACCCAGCGCUGUGGGUGGUUGCGUAGCCCCUCAUUCCUCCCAUUUAUAUCACGCCUCUUUCCAGCCCAUGGAUCCCAUUCCUGAUUUCACCUUCUCAGACGUCUCCAGAGCUCACUCCUCGUGCAGCGACGGCCUCGGAGACCUGAACCGUUCCGACUCUGAAUCCUCCCUGUCACUCUCCCAAGUCGGGGAUCGGCUCUCAGCCUACAGCUCCAAAGGCCACCUAAUCAAGCCUACUUCUCUCAUGCACGGCCUGUCCGGUCGCUCGGAGGACGGCCUCUCACUUCACGCUCACACCCCGAACGGAGGGAACCGCGUCCACGAGAUCAGUCCCGUCGAGCCAGUCAGCGACAGCCCUGUUCUCGUGAAGAAGGUGUACAGCAUGGAGGAGUCCCCCAGCCUGGGAGAGAUCAACAGUCUGUCCGAGUCGUCCCGCUCCUUCAGCCCCAACUCCACGGAACCAGACACACCGUCACCUACAGGAGGGCAACUGGGGGCCGCGGGGCCAAAGGUCAACAGCCGCAUCCCGCAGCUGUCCUCCAAGAAGAGCCCCCUGGAGGAGGACAGCGGCUCAACGGGAGAAGAAACAGAUUCCACUGCCAGCCGCAAGAAACACACCUUCAAGAUCUUCAAGAAGCAGAGGAAAUAAGGGCUACAUGAACUGGAGGCUGUCAGAGCGGUCGGACUGUUUUCCUCUGGUCUGUUCUUGGGGAGAAAAAAUAGGUUUUGGAAGUUUUUGUGGUUCAUUGAUGGUGAAACGUCUUCACCAUUUGUUGCCGUUGCAUCUUUGUGUAGGUACGACACCUACUGUGAGAAACUGUGGGAGCAAGCAGCUGUUGAGUUUAAUCUGCUUCUUCUUUGGUCAAUGUUGGUUAUGCGGGAUUUGGGUAGAUUUGUACAUUGGAAUGUAAAGUAUUAUUUAUUCUGCAGGAAAUUGUGCCAGUCUCAAAGAAAAACUGGUCUCCCAGUAGGUUUUUCGUUCUUGUUCUACAAUCUAUAAAAUUUUGCAUGUCUUCACUUUUGUUUGAUUGAUACUCGAAUGCUCUUAGUGUUUGCUUGGUUCUCGUCGUCAACCCGCUUUGACUACACUCGAUGUUUCCUUUAUUGCGACCUAGCCACCUAGCCUACGAAUCCAAAGUGAAUGCGCACUCCUUUAUUUUCACUGAGUACUUUGUUCUUAUUGACAGUUACGACUUUUCCUGUCCUUUGUUGUCGUCUUCUUGGCAGAGCCAGUUGCUCAUUCAGCUUUCUGUUACGGCCGGAGUGUGGUCACAGAAGUCCCGGACUAGAAUAUAUUCUCACAUUUCUCUUUAGGCUGUCAGAUAAAGUGUUAAGUGUCGUUCGGAUUAACAUCAGUGUAAUAAUAACUUGCAGCUCUUGGAUCGCACCCAAGAGCAGGACAUCGUUGUCCACAAGAGAAAGUUGGACGAGACGUUAAUCUCCCUGCACUGUUACAAAAGGAUCGUUUUGCAGGGUUGGAAAAUGCUUUGCCGAAAUGUCCAGCUUUCAAACGAUGCCAAGGUUCACCCCUGAUAGUUGUUUGGUCCCGAAGUCUGAGUCUCCGACUUUUGUGUACGUAAUAAUAAGUGUUUGAAUUUCCUGGUUCAAAUGACGAGCUUGGAUGUAGGUAUCCUUUUGUCCCUGGGCAAAAAUGUUACCAAAAUAUUACAAGAACUAAAUUACCAAAAUGUUAAACAGAAAAUCUACCAUGAAAAACAAGAUCAUAUCAAAGACUUUAACAUAAAGUACUUGAAGCAAAUUUUAGCCACAACUAUUAAAAACAAAAGAAGCAAUUAUGUGUUUGUGGUUUUAGGAUAAUCCUAAAAUCUAAAUCGGAUCCAAAAUGUCCCUUUUCCUGAAUUUAGAAUUUUGUUACUCUGUUUUGUUGAAUCUGUUUUAUUGAUUAUUCAGGUGGAUGAUAUAAAAGGGGGGGGGGGGCGCUGGUAAGGGCUAAAUUACAAGGCAUAAUAAUAAGAUUUGCUCUGUUUGUGAUAGAGGUGGGGUCUCUCUGUGAUCCACCUUCUCCAGUGCAGACGAUCGAUCACGUCGAUGUGCCAAAUCUCUGUCUGUCAGUGGCCUUGUAUUUCGCAGUGUGUCGGGCCACGCCCCCUUUACACAGAACACACGACCACCUGAUCUAUAUAUCCCGUUUCUCCUUAGGUCAGACGCUGAAUGUCCAAGCGUAUUCUGUCUGUAACGGUGUCCCCCAGGGACGCUAUGUUUACAUUUGUUACAGGGACAAUUCUGCUUCUCAGAUCACGGCAGCGUGAGGAACAUUGUGCCGGUUUUGAUAUCGACAGCUUCUUGUAUACGAGCACAGAACUAUGCAUCAGUAGUCGUAGGCGAGUUACUUCAGUAGUGCGGACACCAGUAGACUUAGGGUGCUCCCGAUCAACGAACUACCAAAAAGUGCUGCAGAAAACAGUCGGCCUACCCCAGCCUCACAAUGUAACAGGUGGUUUGGAUGUACAAGACGAAAUAUUUUAUUUAAAGAAACCAUGUGAAAAAGAAAAUAAUCAAUUUCCUAAUGGUACUUUUUUUAAAGGUGUUGAUUGAAGCUUCUUUUGCACGACAGCUGUAAAAUGGAUUAUACCAUCUGAAUGUGUGAGUGAGUGUGUGUCCGUCUGUACCCAGUACACUGCACCGUAUUGAUGAUGCAUGUCAACUGCUAUAACUAAACCUAUAUUGGGUUAGAAGAGUGGAUCAGCUUCGCCUCUUUACUUCCCACCACACUUUCCGUUUCUCUGUCUUCAUCUUGAGCUUCUAUUUAUGGAAACAUACACGGUAUAUUUGUACAGAGAAAACGAUCAUUUUGCAUCUUCUGUGAUGGUCUCUUUUAUGGAACUUCUGCAUGACAGCAAUAAACUAUUUUGAAUGAAA